AUGAAAGGCUGCCUGUUCCUGCCCCUUCUGCUGCUGGGGACAGUUUCUGCUCUCUAUCUGGAGAAGGAUGCCCCCCAUGUGGGCAGUCCAGAGACACAGGCAGACCUGAGCCAGGAUCCUGAAGGCCCAGGGGGGCAGGAAGGAGAGCUGGCCCUGAGUGGUGAGGUGGUGGAGUCGGGGGGAGAGGAGGCCGAGGGCGCCCACGACGAUGAGGGGGACUCACAGUCAGACCCAGAUGACUUAGAUGAGGACGUGCAGUGCCCCAAGGAAGAGGAGACAGUGCAACUUCCGGGCAGUCCUGAGUGCAAGACCUGCCGCUACACGCUGGUGCGGACCCCAAAGAAGUUUAAGAAAGCUCAGAGAGCCUGCAGGAAGUGCUACCGAGGCAACCUCGCCUCCAUCCACAGUUUGAAAUUCAACCGUCACGUUCAGAGCUUGGCCACGAAGAUCAAUGAAGCAGAGGUUUGGAUCGGAGGCUUCAUCAGAGGUUGGUGCCUGUGGAGAACAUAUCGCUGGACUGAUGGGAGUUCUUGGAAUUUUACAUACUGGGCCAGGUGGCAACCUACGUUUGGGAGAGGCCGCUGUGUGGCCCUGAGCACCAGAGGGGGUCACUGGCGACGAGCUUCAUGCAAAAGGCGGCUGCCCUUCAUUUGCUCCUUCUAAGCCGGAGGCCGGAGACCCUGCCCCUGCCCCCUGGCCCCCCUGCCUGCCCCAUCUCACCCCUGCCCCCUGCCCCCCUGCCUCUCUGCAUCAUAAAGCCAC